CGGGUCGCAAUAGACCUUGAAACCUGCAGCGUAGCGUAUCAACUCUUUCAAAUUUUGUUUCCUCUGUAACCCUUCUCUGUUCAAAUCUUGAAACUCUGAGAAAGAGAAAAAAAAGUUCUAAAAAUAAUACAAAAAUGGGAGAUUGCAGGCCAUUGGGUUUCUUGCUUGGGUUGCCAUUUGCUUUGAUUGCUCUGGUUUUAUCUCUUGUGGGUGCAGUUAUCUGGGUUAUUGGGACCGUGUUGAGUUGCUUGUGCCCUUGCUGUGUGUGUUGUGCUGGUCUGGCGAAUUUGGCAAUGGGCAUCAUAAAGCUUCCAUUUAAAGUGCUCAAAUGGUUCACCGAACAGAUUCCUUGUUAGACUUGAAUCAUUAUCUAUGGUUUCUGUUUCAGUUUCUCUGAGAUUAUGUAGUUAUCUAAAAUUCUUUUGUUUGCUGAUCAAUAUACAUAUCUUCCCUUUCUCUGUUAGAGGGUUUACAA